AUGGCAUUACUCGAACAGAUUCCAGCUGCUGUGCCCGAUAACACGUUUGUCUUAAUCGAAGCAUUUAAAGCCGAUACUGAGAAGAAGAAAGUAAACCUAAGCCCUGGUAUUUACCGCGAUGACAAUGCAAAAACAUGGGUUCUACCUUCCGUAAAAAAGGCGAGAGAAAUCCUCCAGGCAGACCCGCAUCUCAACCAUGAUAUCUCACCUCAGAUGGGAUACCCAGAUCUGGUCUCCGUUGCGCGGCAGAUCACCUUUGGGGAUACGUUGGGUAGCCGGAGUAUUACCUCGAUGCAGACGAUCGCAGGCACUGGCGCCAACUACCUGAUUGCACGUUUCCUGACUUACGUCGCUCAACCCAAAACCGUAUGGCUGUCCAACCCUACCUGGGAGAACCACCCGAAGAUCUGGAGACACACAAACCCCGCCAUAGAACAGCGUUUAUACCCUUAUUAUGACUACAAAACAUCCACGCUAGAUAUUGAAGGCAUGAUCUCAACGAUGAAGGAGCAAGCAUCAAGAGGGGAUGUUAUAGUCCUCCAGGCGUGCGCGCACAACCCAACCGGUUUGGACCCUUCAAGGGAACAGUGGGAGGCCAUCGCAAAUGUAUGCGAGGAAAAGGGCUUGUUCCCUAUUCUUGAUUCAGCUUAUCAAGGCUUUGCAACGGGAGACAUCGACAAUGACGGUUGGGUGCUGCGUCACUUUGCCACCCGCUCGAACGGCGCCAUUGAGUUUGCGGUGGCCCAAUCGUUCUCCAAGAACUUUGGUCUCUAUGGAGAGCGAAUCGGUGCUCUGCACGUUGUGACACGCAACCACGACACCGCAGCCAAAGUGGAGGCAACAUUAAAACAGAUCUCACGCGCCGAGAUUACUUCCACGCCUGGCUUCGGGGCCAAGGUCGUCGCUACCAUCGUUCAAAACCCAGAACUGAGGAAGCAAUGGCAGCAAGACCUGAAUACCAUGAGCGGUCGGUUGAGGGACAUGCGAAAACGACUGCACGACGAGUUAACCAUGAGAGACACACCUGGUAACUGGCGGCAUCUCUUGACCGAUAUUGGCAUGUUCUCCAUGACAGGAUUAUCUCAAGAGCAAGUGGCAACCCUUAAAGACAUGUUCCAUGUUUACCUUCUUCCUACUGGUCGGCUUUCGUUCACAGGCUUGACAACCGGAAACGUUGAAUAUGUGGCAGAGUCCAUCCAUCGAGUUUUAACGUUGUAG